AUGAAUAGCUCAUCAUAUAAGGAAGCUGCUUUUCCACUUAAUCCUUCAUUAAAAGAAAUUGAAAUGAAAAAAAUAGUACAGAAUAAGGAGGUUAUCAGACAUUUAAUUGACAUAGUGUUGUAUUUGGGGAGACACUGUUUACCUUUUAGAGGUCAUAAAGACCUGGAGAGGGUUGGAAAGAUGAUAUCAACAUUUGACGUGUCAAGAAAAGACCAAUUGUCGCUGGUUAUUCGAUAUAUAAAUAAAAGUAACGGUGUGGUCUGUGAACGGUUGAUAGCUGUUAGAGAAACAUUAAUGACUACUGGUCAACAUUUAUUUACAGUCCUUGAUGAUAUAUGUAAAGAUAUGUGUUUAGAUUGGAAAACUUAUCUAGUUGGGCAAUCUUAUGAUGGUGCUGCUUCAAUGAGAGGUGCAUACAAUGGCUUACAAGCUAUUGUAAAAGAGAAUAAUCCAUUAGCUACUUACGUUUGGUGUUGGGCACACAAAUUUAAUUUGGGUAUAGUCUAUGCUCACCGACAAUUCAAGUUACUUCUCCAGGAAGUUGAUUCGCAGUUUGACGAUUUACUACUCCAUAAUAAUGUGAGGUGGCUGAGUAAAGGCAAUGUUUUAUACAGAUUUUUUGGUUUACUAAACGAGAUUGAACUUUUUCUUCUUAAUAGUACACAUUUGGCUGCCAAAAACCAUAUAAAAUUUAUAAAAGACAACAAUAACGUUGUAACCAUUGCAUUUUUAGCAGAUAUAUUUCAACACGUAAAUUUUUUAAAUUUGAAACUUCAAGGUGCCCAGAAGCUUAUUUGUCACUUAGUAUCUGAAGUUAACUGUUUUUGUAAAAAAAUAGAAUUAUUUUCUCAAGAUCUUGGUAGUGAACAAUUAUAUUUUACCAACUUGAAAAAAGUUUGUGAUGAAAGAAAUGAUAUUGAAAUCGACAAUUUUAUCAAUUUUAUGACAAGUAUUGAGACUGAAUUCGAGAGACGAUUUGCAGAUUUAAAAACGUUGUACAACAGUAGUGUUACUUUACAUCCUGACGGUGAAUGGGUUAAUGAAGCAAUACGUGUUUUUAAAUGUAAUAAAGCAACUAUUCAAAUGGAAAUCAUUGAAUUUCAAACGGAUGAUGUUCUAAAAAAAUUGUAUGAUAAAAAUUAUGCAAAAACUGAAAGUAGUUACGAAGAAUUUUAG